UACAUUUCCCAAUGUUCCUCGCGCGGCACGUGACUCUCUGUCCUCGCCGCGCCGAGAGCAGCGCGGAGAGCUCCAAUUUCUCUGAUCUGGUCCUAGACCCAGCCCCGGAGUUAGAAUUAACUCCACCAUGGAGGAGGCUGACCGAAUCCUCAUCCAUUCCUUGCGCCAGGCGGGCACGGCAGUUCCUCCAGAAGUGCAGACUCUGCGAGCUUUCACCACUGAGCUGGUCGUAGAGGCUGUGGUCCGAUGCCUUCGAGUGAUUAAUCCUGAUGUGGGCUCUGGCCUCAGUCACUUGCUACCACCAGCCAUGUCUGCCCGCUUCCGCCUGGCCAUGAGUCUGGCCCAGGCCUGCAUGGACCUGGGCUAUCCCUUGGAGCUUGGCUAUCAGAACUUCCUCUAUCCCAGUGAGCCUGACCUUCGAGAUCUGCUUCUUUUCUUGGCUGAGCGACUACCCAGCGAUGCCUCUGAGGACGCAGACCAGCCUGCAGGUGACUCGGCUAUUUUCCUUCGGGCCAUUGGGAGCCAAAUCCGGGACCAGCUGGCCCUGCCCUGGGUCCCACCUCUCCUUCGAACUCCCAAGGUGCAGCGCCUCCAGGGCUCAGCCCUCCAGCAGCCGUUCCACUCCAGCAGGUUGGUUCUACCUGAGUUGAAUUCCAGCGGAGAGCUAUGGGAGUUCCAGGCCAGUCCCCUGCUGCUACCAGCCCCCACACAGGUGCCCCAGCUUCAGGGGAGGGCAGCCUCACUCCUUGAACACCAUGCCAGCCAGCUCUGCCAGCAUGUGAACAGGGAUUGCCCAGGAGAUGAAGACCGGGUGCGCUGGGCAUCCCGCGUCCCAUCCCAGGAGGAUUCCCGGGCUCCACAGCAGAGACUGCACAAGCAGCUGAUUGAACAUCUGCGUCAAAGCUGGGGCCCACUUGGAGCCCCGACACAAGUCCGAGACCUAGGAGAGAUGCUGCAGACCUGGGGUGCUAGGGCUAUGACUGGUGUGCCCAAAGGCUCCCGCUUCACCCAUUCAGAGAAGUUUACCUUCCAUCUGGAGCCCCAGGUCCAGGCAGCUCAGGUGGCAGAUGUACCAGCUACCUCUCAAAGGCUUGAACAGGACACACGGGCAGCUCAAGAGCAGGAGUUAGAGUCCCUUCGUGAGCAGCUGGCGAGUGUGAACCACAACAUUGAAGAGGUUGAAGCUGACAUGAAGACCCUGGGAAUCAACCUUGUGCAGGUGGAAACCGAGUGCCGACAAAGUGAACUCAGUGUGGCCGAGCAGGAGCAGGCCCUGCGCCUGAAGAGCAGGACGGUGGAAUUGCUGCCUGAUGGGGCUGCCAACCUCGCCAAACUGCAGCUUGUGGUGGAGAGCAGCGCUCAGAGGCUCAUCCAUCUAGCAAGCCAGUGGGAGAAACACCGGGUCCCACUUCUUGCUGAGUACCGCCACCUCAGAAGACUCCAGGACUGUAGGGAGCUGGAAUCGUCUCGACGGCUGGCAGAAAUCCAGGAGCUGCACCACAGUGUUCGAGCAGCUGCAGAGGAGGCUCGCCGGAAGGAGGAGGUCUAUAAGCAGCUGGUGUCAGAGCUGGAGACUCUGCCAAAAGAUGUGUCCCGGCUGGCCUAUACUCAGCGCAUCCUGGAGAUUGUGGGCAACAUCCGGAAGCAGAAGGAAGAGAUCACUAAGAUCUUGUCGGACACAAAGGAACUGCAGAAGGAAAUCAACUCUCUCUCUGGGAAGCUCGACCGGACAUUUGCAGUGACUGAUGAGCUUGUGUUCAAGGAUGCUAAGAAGGAUGAUGCUGUUCGGAAAGCCUACAAGUACCUAGCUGCCCUGCAUGAGAAUUGCAGUCAGCUCAUCCAGACCAUUGAGGACACAGGCACUAUCAUGAGGGAAGUUCGAGAUCUUGAGGAGCAGAUUGAGACAGAGAUGGGCAAGAAGACUUUGAGCAACCUGGAGAAGAUCUGUGAGGACUACCGAGCCCUUCGCCAGGAGAAUGCUGGCCUCUUGGGCCGGGUCCGAGAGGCCUAGAGCCCUGAUGGAUGUCUCCUAACCACAGGCAGGAAUUUGGGGUGCUGGAGACAGUGCUGAGGCACCUGUUCUAGCACUCUCUUUCAUUUGGUAUCCGCUUUCUCCUGCUGGGAUCUUAAACCCAGCUGUCUGCUUAUAUGUUCCCAUAUCUGAUCAGGGUGAUUGUCCAGCUGACCACAGUUUAUUGGAUGGGCACUGGGGGCCAGGGGCCUUGGAUCCCAAAUAAAAGAGAAGUUCUUCUGUGG